AGCUACAAAUAACAUUGUGAAUGGACAUCUUGCAUUAACAGGCACCCCAUAAAUACAGUGUGAGCACAAACACCAGGCACCAUUUGUUGGAUUUCUGCACCAGAAAAGGAUUUUCUACGGCACAUCAUAACAGGUCAAAAUGAGCUGUCAAAAGGAGGAUAAAAAGAAGGACAAGGAGGAGAAGGACAGAGGCUCUGGAUAUGAAAAUGACUCAGACGGAGGGAAGAAAAAUAAAGGAAGGAGUGGAAGUAAAGAACGAUGUGAGAAAGGACGAGGUGAGCGGAAAGGCUCAGGAAAGGAGGAAUCAGGCUCUGGAUCUGGAUCUGAUUCAGAUGGGGAAGGAGGAAAGUGCGGCAAGGGGAAGAGACAAGGGAAACGUGGAAAAGGAAGAGAUGGGGAACAAAGGAAAGGAGGCGGUGGUGGUGGUGGGCAUGGACAUGGAGGAUGUAAUUGAAUCACCAGUAUGCAAAAUGAAAAAGAAUAAAUUCAUCUCUUUUAAAUGAAUUCAGAAAAAAGAACGAUUUGUUUAUUGUGUAUUCGCAUCGACAUGACUUCAGUGGCAAAUACAUUAAUGUACAGCAGAUGAACAACUUUAACAAGUCUGAGGUCAUUUUAUUAGAUUCUGACACAAGUUAUGAUGAAAUUAUGAUUUGGUAAAGAAGAUUUAAAGUUAUAAUAA